CCUUUGUCAGCGGCCUGAAGUCAUCAUAUUCUGUGUUUAAUACAUACAAUGUACACCCGUACCGCACCAUGGAAAUCACUACGCGGACUAUUACUCACAUCUCGACAUCCCUGCCCAAGACUCAACACUACCCUCCACACGCUCCGCAGUUCGUUGUGCACGCUCGCGAUCGAAACUUCCUGCGAUGAUACUUCAGUCGCCGUACUCGAAUAUAAGUCAGAUCCCCGAGAUCCUGUAUUAAGACAAGGCUCCCAGGCGAAACUACGAUACCACAAGACACUUACGUCUAGGAACAAACCAUAUGGAGGCAUACACCCAGUCGUGGCGCUGGAGUCGCAUCAAGAGAAUCUAGCGAUUCUAGUCCGUGAAGCCCUACGCUCAUUGCCAGAUGCUGCUCACGAUGAGUCCACCAGCGUGAGAUCAAUAUCGGUUAGGUGCGAAUCUAGGGAGAACACGAACAAAGUGAUACCGGACUUCAUAUCAGUCACGAGAGGACCAGGAAUGCGCUCCAAUUUGAAUACAGGACUCGACCUUGCAAAAGGCCUCGCAGUCGCCUGGGAUGUACCAUUGAUCGGUGUCCACCAUAUGCACGCACAUGCCCUUACACCGCGUUUCCUCUCUGCCUCGGACGUGCUAGGCUCAAGACAAGACGAUACAGAGGUCUUGCCCGAAGUUGCUCCUGCGUUUCCAUUCCUGUCGCUAUUGGUCUCCGGCGGUCAUACGCUUUUGAUACAGACAAACUCGCUCACUGAGCAUCGCGUACUUGCGACCACCAUGGACAUUGCCAUCGGAGUUUGCCUCGACAAGAUUGCGCGAGCCGUACUUCCAGAGCAAGUACUGAACUCGUCACCGAAUACCAUGUAUGGAGCUGUGCUAGAGAGAUUCGCGUUUGCGAAUGGGGCCGAAGAUCACGCCUAUGAACCCCCUGGGGGUCUCUAUGGUCCGACAGUCCCUAAGCCAUCGCAAUACGGCUGGACUAUUCCUGCGCCAUUCAACAAGAUAAACGCACAGAGCAUUGAACGUCACAAGGCGAACAAUAAUGAAUUCGCAUUCUCAUUCACUGGGCUCACAACCUCGAUUGAACGAAUCGUUGAUACUCUGAAAUUAAAAUCGCCGUGCACAUCGGAAGAGGACGAAGUGCAGGAGAGGCGAGCGCUGGCAAGAGAGGCCAUGCAAGCCGUCUUCGAGCACGUAGGUCAACGCAUCGUGCUCGCGCUUCGGGACACGCAAAAGGAGAAUCCAGAACUAGCUUCACGUCUGCAAACAUUGGUAGUCAGUGGUGGUGUUGCAGCCAACAAAUACCUUCGCUGCAUACUAUCACCAUACCUCGCUGCUCGAGGCUACGCCGAUAUGUCCUUUGUGUACCCGCCGGUCGAGUACUGCACCGACAACGCCGCCAUGAUCGCGUGGGCGGGCAUGGAAAUGUUCACAGCCGGCCACACGACUUCCCUUGCAGCACGCAGCAUUCGCAAAUGGCCCAUAGACGCCAUUCUCGAUCCGCCCUCGACUUAGACGGGUCUUCUGUAUCGUAUGCCCACCGCCCCCUAGGUUGGUCCGGAUGUAAUUGUAUCAUGUAAGAUAGUUUGUAUACAUCUCCGUAUACACCUCUGUGAAAGUUUCAAAGCUCAUGUGAGUUGAGAUGCACUAUGUCGAAGAGCUAUAUACUGUGUACGAUGUAGGUAGAUGAACGUGCGUGAGAUGUUCCAAUGUGCGUCUACGGUCGCGAUCCAAGUGCUUAGCUGGACAAGACGCGGCACAAGGUUCGAUGUUAUGACUGGAGAAUAUGUACGACUAUGUGGAAGCAUCGAGAUGGAACGUGGAGUUGUUUUGAAACAUAUAUUUAAAAUAUAUGUCACUUGAGUGUCCUUGUAAUCAAGGAUAAUUUUUGUGGUGCCUGAUCG